AUGCCUCCGAAUGGAGUGGACACUGCUGCGGUCAGCUUGUUCUAUGGCUCCCAAACAGGCACUGCUGAGGAGGUAGCCUGGGAGCUGGCGCGAGAGGGCCGGCGCCGUGGCUGGCUACUGGAACCAAGAGCGCUGGAUGAGACGAGCAUCCGUGAGCUCAGUAUGACGAAGAUCGGGAUCUUUGUCGUUUCCACCACUGGACAAGGUGAUCCGCCAUUGAACAUGCGCCGGCUGUGGCAGGAGAUGCUGUCGGCCUCGUUGCCCCCAUCAUCACUGGCCAACCUGUCGUACACGGUGUUCGGCCUUGGAGAUCGCCGCUACCGCGAAUUCAACUAUGCUGCCCGGAAGCUGUACGCACGGCUUGGGAAUCUGGGUGCCAAGUCCUUUUACCGGCUCGGCCUGGGAGAUGAUCAGCAUGACUUCGGUUUGGAGCAAGAGCUGGAUCCGUGGGCCGAGGGUCUGUGGACCAUGUUGGCUGAGCUGCAGCCGCCGGUGAUGUCAAGCGAAGAUGCUGGGGAUGAGCGGUACGAGGUUGACGAGCUUGGUCAGGCCUUCCAGAACGGCGAUGGGGAUGCAAAUUCGCAGGAUCUGCCAGAUGAUGGCUUCUUGGCUGAGGUGGUCGCCAAGCGCAGCUUGUGCAGCGAGAGCCAUGCAUCAGAAGUCCAAGACGUGUGGAACGUCAGACUUCGACUUCCUGCCUCAAGGGCUUAUGCUGCAGGAGAUGUGCUUGUAGUUUGGCCCAGAACGGAGCCAAGCCUCGUGCAGCGUUUCGUCGUGGAGACGCUGGAACGGUCUUUGACGGAGUACGUGCGCAUCCGACCCCGGCGCUCUGUGGCUGCCAGCCCCUUUCCUUCAAGACCGCUGAGCCUAAGAGAUCUUUUCAGUCGCUACCUUGAUGUUACUGCGGUUCCCAGCCGCUACUUCUUCCACGUGCUGUCCCUCCACACCCAGGAUGAGCUCCAUAAAAAGAAGCUUAGCGAAUUUGCAUCACGCUCUCUUGAAGCAAAGGAUGCACUGUACGAGUACUGCAAGCGUGAGCGCCGGUCGGCUGCUGAGGUCAUGUGGGAUUUCUGGACAGCUCGGCCGCCGCUGCGCGCAUUGAUCAGUGCCUUGCCGCUGUUGCGACCCAGGCGCUACUCCAUCGCAUCCUCCCCGAGGUGGAUCCGACCACUACCGCUAAGACCGUGGCCGACCGGAAGACUCGGAGCAUGGCCGUGGCAAGAACACCUUUGUCUCAGAGAGGAUGGUUUGGGCUCCACCGCUAUUGGGCGCGUCCUGGAAGAGCAGGGUGCCAAAGCUUCGCCUCUGCAGCUUGACCUGUGCGUCGGUAUCGUGAACUCUGUCACAAGGAGCAAUCGCGAAGUCAAGGGGCUGUGUAGCAACUUCUUGAAGGAUGCUGUGGUUGGUGCGCGCGUCCAGUGCAGCCUUGAGGAGGGAAGCUUGAAGCUUCCCCCGCCAGAUGUGCCACAGUCGGCGUGA